AUUUGCCGGCCAACCUUGUGAAUUGUUUUCUAUCAACAUUAAUGGUAAUGGGAGUUCCAAUGGCAUGGCUUUCAGAGCUCAAAGCUCUGGUUAGCAGCAGCACUGGCUAUGAUGAUCACCAUGUCUUGCACCAAGAAACCAUUGGUAUCCUUGCCUUUGAAGCAGCUGCAACCAUGGCUCGUCUUGUCUCGCUCUACAAAGCUCUAUCUGAGGCUGAGAUCCUUCGGCUCCGCUCUGACACCAUGCGGUCACAAGGCGUCGCUUAUCUCAACUCCACCAACCAGCCCUUUCUUCUCCGGCUUGCUUGCGCAGAGCUCAUGACUGAGCUCGACCGUACUGCUUUUGUGAUCUCUCGUUUUGAUAAGAAACAUCAUGGGUUGACUCAGGUUAAGAGAUUUAUCCGUGUUUAUUCUGAUCUCAAGGCCGGGAAUUGUUCUGAUUUGGAACAGUCAUGGUUCUCAAAGAAGAGAGCUGAGAAGAAGGUGAGAAAGAUGGAGAAGUAUAUCACUGCAACAUCAAAGCUGUGCACAGAGAUGGAGGUUUUGGAGGUUUCAAGACAGAAGCUCAACAAACAGUGCAACAGAUACAGUGGUCCAAUGCCAGUUUCAAAGGUAGUUAGUAAUGCUACCAAUGAUUUACUUGCAGAUAUAAAGGCUCAGGAUCAAAAGAUUCACAAGUUGAAGGAGGAGUCUCUGUGGAGCAAAACAUUUAAUAAGGUGAUUGGAAUCAUGGCUCCUUUGGCUUUCUUUAUCUUUGCACGUAUCUGUUCUGUUUUUGGUCCGUUUGUUCCUGGUCUGCCAGCAGUGGUUACACUUGAUGGAAAGAACUCAUCCAUAAGCUUUGCCCCUGUCUCCAAACUUAGAUUUCCCUCACGUUUAUCCUCAUCCGGACCAAUGGAGAAACAAGCAGUGAUCAACUCAAAGGAAGUGCCAAUCAGAAACUCAUGCCCAAUAUUUGGUUCAAAGGAUCAAACAGAACCUCAUGGGAACUGGAAAAAGCUCUUGGAAGCACCUUCAAAGACUGUUGGAGGAUCAUCCAUGGCCUUAAGAUAUGCAGAUGUUAUUGUUUCAGCAGAGAAGCUACUGUUAAUGAAGUCAAACAGCAAUGAAAGCAAGGGAGAGAGUAUUGUGAGAGAUGAAAUAUAUGAGAUGUUGCCAUUAAGGUUACGUGAAGCUGUGAGAAGGAAGUUGAGGGAGUGUUGGAGAGAUCCAGGACCGUUGGAUGGAAGUCUUGCGGAUGGAUGGAAAGAGGCAGUGGAGAGGAUAAUGAGAUGGUUGAGUCCUGUGGCGCAUGACACGUUAAGGUGGCAGGCAGAGAGGAACAUGGAUCGCCGGCAUUGUUUUGAUCCAAAACCAAAGGCUUUGCUGCUGCAAACCUUGCAUUUCUCGGACAUGGACAAGACUGAGGCUGCCAUUGUUGAGGUUCUUGUGGGUUUGAGUUGUGUUUGUUGGUAUGAAGAGAGAUGUCAUGAAUCAUUGAGAUUGUAGCUUGCAUGUAUGUGUUUAAUUAAUUAAUUUGGUCUCUUUUUUUUUCAUUUUUUGUAUAUAUAAAUUGUUGAUCUUUUCUAUUAUUAUGAGCUAGUUUACAAUACAUGAUGAAACUAGGUGCAAUGUAAUACAUCUUUUUUGGGAAAAGAUUUGCA